CCGCGGAACGCCGCGACGCUUCUCCGCUGUCGGCCGUGGGCUGCGCCGCGAGGCCGCGGCCUCCUGCGAUGUCUGCAGACUCCCCGGGCAUCGUGGCGGUCAGCGACCUGCUCGGCGCGAUCCUAUCGCAUUUGGACCUCUCCGACCUGCCGCGCGCUGCGCUGGUCUGCCACGCGUGGGCAGGUGCGGUGCGGAACGACGGCAUCGUCUGGUGCGCGCAGUUUCAGAAGUGGACGUGCGGUGCAGCUCCCGCCCCGGCCGAGGCACGAUCUGCGUUUCGACGAUGCAAGCUGGCGCUGUGCGCACGAAUCUGCCGGCCUCCUUGCAGCUCGGCAGUUGCCGCGGCGCCAAGGGCGGGGGCGAGCGCCAUUGCUCUCGGGGGAGGCAUCGUACUCGUGGUGGGAGGAGCCACGACCAGCUUCAACUUUCGUGGCGAUGUCGACGUGUGGCGGUACGUGGCGAGGCCGGCCGAGAGGCCGGCUCUCGAGCUCGUUUGCUCUCGCGUGGUGCCUGAAGGCGCCUUUCUGCCCGCUCGCUGGCUGGCGAGCGGUGCGGCGGUGCGAGGAGACGCGUACCUCUACGGCGGCUCGGCCGACUUUGCCACCCUCGACUGCCUGCACCGGCUGACGGUGCUGCAAAGACCCUCGAGCAGCGGGGCAGGCUCUCCACUCCGUCUCGAGUGCCGCCGCGUCGGCUGCUUGGGCGUCGGUCCCGAGGGAGGCCUCUUCGGGCACUCGGCGUGCGCCGCCCGCCUCGGAGGCACGGUGUGCUUCGCGGCCGUCAACAACUCGAGCCCUCGGGACCCUGUUUCGACACCCGCCGCAGGCGCCGACUGCCUCCUUCUCUUCGGCGGCGAGCUCGGCAGCCAGCGAGACGUCGACGGCAGCGCCACGUCGCCGGCCCACCUGCACGGAACCUUCUCGGAACCUUCUCGGAACCUCCUAGGCAGCGCCACGUCGCCGGGCCACUCGGCCAGCGGGGCCGUCCCGUGCGCCCGUUUCUGCCACUCCGCGGCGCUCGAGCCGCGCGGCGGCUGGCUCGUCUUUGGAGGCUGGGUCCUCCCUCGCUCGCGCUUCCUCAACGACGUGCACCGGCUCGCCCUGCCCGCCCUCCGCUGGGAGGGGGUGGCCACCACCGGCGCUGUGCCGCGCCCGCGAUGCCAGGCUGCCGCUGCGGUGUCUGCGGACGGCGACCGCGUCGACGACCUCUGCGACAUGCGUCUACUCCAUUUGCCCACUGGUACGUGGCUGCCACACGACGCAAACGGCCACAUCUGGCGGCCGCAGCGGGGAGGGACCAACGCUGCUGUCUGGGCUCUCCCCGCAGUGAGCGACGACGGCGUGGAAGGAGGCGGGGGGCGGGGCUCGCUGCUGCUCUUUGGAGGCAUGAACUCCGCGCCGGGGGCCCACACUCCCGACUUUGUGGCGGUGGCGUCGCUGGUGGAGGGGUUUGCGUGA